CUUUUGGUCCUCGGUACUCGCCGUACUUACAUGCGGGUUAUGCAGGCGGCUGGAUGAAUGAGGCAUGACCGGCAGAUAUGACGGAGAGUUUGAAAAUACGCUUUGAUUUCCCCAGCCCUGUCAUACAAGCCCAGACAGUGAGAAAUCUUGUUGCUGCCGUGCUAAAGGAGAAGGGGCCAAAUGGGCAAAUCACGCAGUCUUCCACCCAGGGUCCAGCGUUGGAGACUCUGUGGCAGCAGUGCUGCAGCGACUGCGCUCUGGUGCGGUCAGCCUGCUGCAAUGCCGUGGUGCUGCUGGUGGAGCAAGGCCACGCAGAGCUGCACUACGUCCUCAACAGCGUCCUCAACCUCCUGCCCUCUUCCAGAAAUGUCCAGGGGCUGAUAAAGGUCAUUGGACAGCUGCUACAGAUGCAGGCAGAACAGAGAGACAGAGGGAAACACUUCACCUGUCCUUACUCUAUCAGGAGCAGCCCUCAUCCAUACAUCACGGCCCUGGAGAACCGAGUGGACUGCUGGCCGGCUCUGCUGCUGGAGAUUGAUGACUUCAUCCAGCAGGCUGCCGACAGGAAUGAACCAGCCUACAUCACCAUGCUGGCCCCCUUCCUGCGCUACCUGUACUGCGAACCUCAGAGGCAACCCCAGCAUGCUCUCCUGCGACACAGUCUCCUCAGAGCGCUGGUGCCCGUACAUCCAGGAGCUGGAUCACACCUCCAGAAGAAGGACCAGAGAGAGACGUCCCCAGUGUCUGACAGCCUGCUGCACUGCCUCUGUCAGCUGGUGCCACACAUGCAGGUGGACUGCGUGGAGGCGUUGCUGGAGCUGUGUGGAUUCGCGGACGCUCUGCUUCAGGGUCUCGUCCUGGCCUCUGAGAAGCGCUGGAGGAACGAGAGCGUCGGGCUGCUCCUGCAGCUGCUCUGUGCCUGCCAGCGCUGCCUCCAGCUGAACGGAGACUGUCGGCCUUUUCUCAGCUUAAUACAGCAGCUCCUUCCUGCCUGCCAACAGGAGCUUCCAUUGGACGAGCUGUUGAUGGGCGUGGCCCUGCUCCUGCUAGAGGCCCCUGCAGCUCAGCAGAGCAGCCUGCUCAGUCUGGCACUGAGUUUAGUCCCUGAGCAGGCCGAGCUGUCUCCGUGGUUGAGCCCAGUCCUAGUUCUACCUGUUCUGCAGCUCCUGUCCUGCUCGGGCCUCACUGAAGCGCUGGCCGACCGGCGGACACACAGCCUCAACCAAGACUUGGCCCACAGCCUGCUCCGCAGCAUCAGCAAAGAGGCGGAUAAACCCAGACAGCCUGGUCCACCGUUGGCACUCCGUCUCACUCGCUGGUACGACGAGCUCAGCGUGGCUCUGUCCGUACUGCGGAAAUUGUCAAAUGAUCCAGCAGCCGCAGCUGAUUGGCUGCUGUCCGUCACCUCCGCCCUGACUUCCAGCCAGCACCAGCUCCGCUCCCACACCCUCAUUGUGACCCAUCUCAUCAUCAUGGGUCAGGAAGACGUCUGCCAGCUGGCUCUGAAGGCGAGCCAGGCCGUCGCUGCAGCCGACCCCUGCCAGGUCCCCUCCCUGAUUCCUGUUCUGUUGUUCAAACUGGGGAAGGAGAAGAAUCCAGGCCUGGCUCAUGCUGUGUUGAACUGCCUGCCAAACCUCGGGACUCACAAGCUCUGUGUCCCCAUGGUGCUGCAGACUAUCCACAUGCUGGCCAGUACCCCCAAGCUGAGAGCAGUGGCAAUGCGCCUCAUGACUGCUCUUUGGAAGAAACAGGAUCGAAUCUACCCAGAGCUGCAGCGUCUGCUGGGCCAGCAGGACAGUCGGGUGGUGGUGGGGAGGGACACCCAGUGGGAACAGAUCCUGGCCAGGGCGGCCUGCCUCAGGGACAUCUGCAGAGAGAGGCCUUACCAGCAUGGAGGUGACAUGUUGGCUGCGAUCACACUCACACUCAACCAGUGCACCAGACCAGACAUGGCAACCCCCGCUGCUCUGGCUCUGCAAGGACUACAGGAGCUGUGCCGGACAGAGGUAGUGGACAUCAUCUCAACGUGGAGGAGUCUGGGGCCCCAGCUGAGCUGUGACUCUCGGCCACUGAUGGUUAAAGCCACAGCUGAACUUCUGGCUCUGGUUCCCCAGCUCACUGUCAAGUCAGAGGAGUACGAGAAACUGAAAGACGAGGUGGUCAGCUUUCUGUGGAAUUAUGCUGUGAGCAAGGAUCCAGAGGUGGCCAGCUGUGGCUACAGGGCUUUGGCAGUUUUUCCUGAAGAGGUCCACACAAUAAAUCUCCUUCCUGAGGCAGCCAGACCAGUCACAAAGCUCCGUGAACAUGAGGAGGACGAACAGGAGGAGAAAGAGGAAGAAGAGAAGGAUCUCUCUGUCCCAGCCUCAUCUUAUGUGAAGCUGAUGACUCUCACCCCCACAUCUGUUCUACCAGCAUUUGAGCUCUUCCUAACUUCACUGGUUAAGCAGGAGAUGAGGCAGAUGCCUCGUGGGGUAUACUUCUCUGCUCUGAGGGGGGGGAACCUGCGUUCAGACCAGGGAAAAACAGUGGCAGGAAUUCCAUCAUUCAUGCUGAAAACCUACGAGAAAAACAAGCAGCCUGGGCUGAAGCCUGGACUAGCAGCCGGACUGCUGCUCUGUUACGAGCUGCCUGUGCAGACAGAUCGUGAUGGCAGACCAAUCGACCGUUUCCUCAUAAGCCGCAGCCGCAGCUACCAGCAGAUUUUGGCAGCCCUCAUUCAUGAAGUGAAUAUUCAGCCGUCUGAAUGGCACCGUGCUCUCCUCCUGCCCCAGGCCUGGCGGGGCUUCAUGAGCCGAGCUUUCCACGCUGUCCUACAGGGUCGACGUGCUGAUUUGGAGAUACAGCAGAAACAAGGCAAAGAGAACCCACAGGAGCUACAGUACAAACAACACUGUGCCUGGCUGUGGGCCAGAGAUCAGCUGGCAGAUGUCAUCCAAGCUGCUACAAAGGACAGUCCUGUCGUUCAGGGAAACUCCAUCCUGGCUCUGAGCGGCCUGGCAGCCGUCCUCGCUAAAUAUGAGAGCAACCUGCCUGCUGAUAGUGACGGCAGCCUCGGGGCCGGACCAGAGUUUGUGCCCACAGCCAGCUGGUUGGCCAUGGUUCUCAACACCCUGCUCAGCAUCAGCAGCAGCGGCUACAAGGCCAGAGGACAAGUCUUCCCAUGGUUCCUACAUCCAGUAUGCAACCAAAAACUUUUCUUCUUCCUGGCCUCUUCCUCCUCUGUCCUCUCCCUCAGAACGGGCUGUAUGUUGGGUCUGGCUCUGGUGCUUGCAGCUCUCUGCAGUAGUGGACAGACAGACCAACAUGUCCGUGUCACCCAAACACUGGACAAACUACUGUCUAACCUGCAGGACAGUAGUGGGCAGGGACGCAUGCUACAGGAGGUCAUGGCGUACUCUGUGGCGUGUGUGGGUGUCUCGGCCUUCAGCGGAGGCCUUAUUGAUGCUGCCAAGGCAGAGGAGGUCAUGAACACUCUGCGCACCCUGACCGAGGAGAGCCAGCAGACUCCAGGCUUCUCCCUGGCUCUCGGGUUGGUAGUCCACGGCCUGUCAAUGUCCGGCCACGGCAAAGCAGAGGACAUCCAUCCUCGUCUGCUGGCUGCUUGGAUCAAGAUCUUACUGGCUGAGGGUUGUCCCACCAUGCAGCGACUGGCUGCCGUCAACGGCCUGGUGGCUUUAGUCGGAUCUGAGAGUUACCUGAUUCAGCUAACCAGUGAGUCGGAGCUUUCCUCCCAGCAGCAGAGCAGGCUGAAUGAGGUUAUACGAGCCAUCUCUCAGAUCAUCACAUUCUCAGGAGCCCUGGGUUUGCAGUCCAACAGUGCUUGUUUGGUGGGUCAUUUGCAUUUGGCCCAUAUGUCCACCAGCCACAGUCACACAGCAGUUCCUCAGGAUUUCAGUUACCUCUCAGAGAAAAGUGUCAUCAGGUCUAUCAUUGACUUCCUCACAGAGGCUGGAAAAAAAGGUCCAGAGUUUGCCCAUCCAGCUCUGGCUAAGACCGCUCUGACCCCGCUGGCAUCAGUUGGAGCCAGUUUUCAGUACCCGCCUAUCAACUGGAGUGCUGUCCUGUCCCCUCUGAUGAGGCUCAGCUUCGGAGAGGAUGUUCAGCAUCAGUGUGUGGCGCUGGCAGUGUGUCAAGCUCAGUCUUCACAGAGUGCCUCUCUCUUUCUGGGCUCCUGGCUGUCACCGCCCCUUGUGCACAGUCUCAGUUACCUGACUCGGGCUCACCUGUACGAGAACUUGGGCUUAUGGAUGAAACACGUCGCUGAGGACAAGCUCCAGGUCCACGUGGAGAGCCUGGGCCUGCAGCAGUUCCAGGACGACCUUCGACCGCAGCGUCUGUCCAUGUGCCACUCCCUGCUGCAGGGCCUUGCUCAGGCCAUGGCCCUCCCAAACCCCCCCAACAACUGCUGGACCAUCCUCCGCUCCACCACUGAGAAGAUCUUCACUCUGCUGCCCAACCAAAUCCAGGAUAAUGAAGUAGAUUUGUACGUGGGAAUCGCCAAAUGUCUGUCUGAGAUGUCUGAUACAGAGAUUGACCGAAUCGCUCAAGUCACAGAGGCUCAGAUGGAGAAGACCUGUUUUAUCCUGGCUUACUUGACCGCCCAAGGCAGAGUUCCCCUCCUGGGUCUCAAUGACAUCAUUGCUGGCGUGCUUCGUGGUUGGCCGAGCCGCAGAGUUGGCUGGCUCCUCAUGCAGACUUUUUACCAGUGUCGCCUGGCCGCCAGCUCCAAUACAGGCGUUUCAAAACGAAUGGAGUGGCUCCUGGAGCUGAUGGGACACAUCCGAAACGUUGCUUAUGGCGCAACCUCCGUCCCAUGUGGAGACGCCAAACUGGCCACAGACUUCCUGUUCCAGGUUUUUGCUGCUGCUGUCGUUUCCUGGGGUGACCACUUCAUGCCCCUCCUCCUCGGCAUUAGGGCCCAGUGGUUCCCAUGGCCCCAAACUGUACGACACAGUCUGUACGGCGGUGAGGAGUCACUCACUGACUGUGUCCUGCCACAGUGCCUGCUGGGAAUCUCCCACAGCCUGACUCUGCUUCUGGACAAAGAGCCCUGGAGCAGCCAGACACACAAGUUCAUAGACUGGCUUCUCAGCAUCACAGAAGGUCCUGAACAGAGUCUGUCAGCCACAACCAUCAGCACAGCCAAAGCCACCCUAUUGGCCCUGAGGUCCUCUGCUGAGUUCAAGAAGAAAGCCGUAUGGACCAGAGCAUACGGCUGGUAGCCCUGAGGAGCCACUACACAGUGUAAGCAUAUGUGUGCUUCACUAUGGACUCAGAAACUGCACUGCCAUUGUUGCUCUGCUUCAAUCACAUAUGAGAACGGCAACAUCAAGAGGAAUGUGCUAUGUCAGAACAAUAUAUGCCCAUUAAAAGUUCAUCAAAUA